AUUUGCGCAGUGUGCCCGCAGUCGGUAACACAACAAAUGGCGCAUCCAGUAUGACGGCACUCGCGAGCACAACAAACGCAUCGUAUUGCUAAAAUAAAAGAAAAAUUAAGAAAAUGCAGCAGCAAUUGUGCUAAUUGUCGAUGCAAUAGCAAGGACCGAAGGACGCGCAACAGCCAUGGCAACGCCACAGCCGCACCCGCAGCCGCAGCUGGAGCCGGGUUCGUGUCAGGAGGCGCAAACUGAGCCGGCGGUCAGCAAGUUGGUGUCUCAGUUGGAGCCCAUGACCACAAUGGACACCGUGGACCCGGAGCGCGUCUGCCGCGUUUGCCUGAAGGAUGCAACGCUGGAGGGGGAGCUACACUUCAUCUUCAACGAAGCGCCCGUCGAGCAGGACGCCAAUCUGGCCCGGAUCCUGGACGAGUGCACCCUGCACCAGUGCGAGCGGUUCGACGGGAUGCCCCCACAUAUGUGCAGCUCCUGCAUGGAGGCGGCCCGCAACGCCUACCGCUUCAAGCGGCAAGCGGAGCGCUCCUACUGCUCGCUGGUCGCAUUGCUGGGCCGGUCACCUCAGUUGAAGGCGCGAGGAGCCGAGGCGGCCAGUCAGACGGAUCAGGUGGCCUUGCUGCCAUGCGAAAUGUGCCACGACCAGUUCCUCAACAGCCUGGAGCUCCGGCUGCACCGCAACCAGGUGCACAGAACGACCAAGGAGGGCACGUCGGCUGGCACAGAUGGCCUGCCAUCCGAGGAAUUUAAGUGCAAAUUUUGUCCGCAGCAUUUCCCGCAUCUCCGACAGCUGCGCAGCCAUUUGGCGCGCAGCCACGAGCAGACCGCACGUCUACAGUGCGCCCAUUGCCAACGCACCUUUAGCCGGCGGGAUCAUUUGCUGCGCCACAUACGCAAUCAGCACCGGGAUGUGGAGGAGGAUCUUCUACGCACCUGGCCGCCGGCGGACGAGAAUACCAUGAACAGCGAUGGCGGAGAUGAGCUGGUCUCUGCGGAGGUGCUGUUAAACGAGGAGGAUAACGAAGAUGUAGGAAUUGGGGAAGCCUUUCAGUGCAAUACGAAUCCCAUUUCCAGUAACGAAGAUGAUGGCGAAGAAGCCAGUGGGGCCAACCAAACGCUGUGGCUGCACAUCAAGCCGGAGCCCUGCCUGGAGGCGGAGGAAGUCGACCUGGCCAUGCAGCUAAAGCUCGAGAAGAAGCGUCGACGGCGGGAGAAGGCGGAAGCUCAAGCGGAAACUUCCAUUGAUCGGACUGUGAAGGACGAACACAUCGGCGACUCUCAGUUCAGCAUCAAGGAAGAGAGUCAACAUGUGGGCAGCGAUGACGAGGCGCCAAUGGGAGUGGAAGACUUCAUGAAGCUCCAUGUUAGCGGAGAGCUGCCGCUCAGCGAUGAGGAGCGGUUCGAUGGUUUUGCAGACGAUGACAGUGACCUUGACGAUGAUGACGACGACGACGACGAGGAGGAUGCUGGGGAGGAUGAUGACGGAGAAUUCCGGUUGAAACAGGAGCCGCUGGAUGGCGAAAAGCCGCUGAAGAGGGCCAAGUCCGGUAGGCGGCGGCGGCGGCGCAACAAGGACGAGCCCAAUCCCGAUAACCGCUGCGAGGUGUGCCAGCGCACCUUCUCGCGCCACUGCCACCUGCUGCGCCACAAGCUGUCGCACCUGGAGAAGAAGCCCCACAACUGCCCGCACUGCCCCAAGGCGUUCGCGCGCAGCGACCACCUCAAGGCGCAUGUGCAGAGCCUGCACAGCAACAAGGAGCACAAGUGUUCGCUCUGUGAGGCCGCCUUCUCGCGCCUGGACGCCUUGGAGCGUCACAAGGUCAGCAAGCACAACGGUGAGGGCCUGGAGCCGGGCAGCGAACUAAAGCUGCAGCUGGCGGAGCACACUUGUGAGUACUGCUCCAAGCGCUUCUCCAGUAAGACCUAUCUGCGCAAGCACACUCUGCUGCACACCGACUUCCUUUACGCCUGCAAGACCUGCGAGGAGACAUUCCGCGAGCGAGCGCAGCUGAGGGAGCACGAAAAGACCCACACCGGACAGCGCAACUUCCUCUGCUGCAUCUGCGGCGACAGCUUUGCCCGCAACGACUACCUCCGCGUGCAUAUGCGACGCCACAACGGCGAGAAGCCCUACAAGUGCCGCUUCUGUGUCAAAGCCUUUCCCCGUGCCACCGAUCUCAAGGUCCACGAGCGCUACCACACGGGCACCAAACCUAAUCUGUGCAAUACCUGCGGCAAGAGCUUCCACCGCGCGUACAAUCUAACGAUCCACAUGCGCACGCACACCGGCGAGCGGCCGUACAAAUGCGACCAGUGUCCCAAGAGCUUCACGCAAAGCAACGACCUGAAGGCGCACAUCCGGCGGCAUACGGGCGAGCGGUACAAGUGUCCGCACUGCGAUGCCUACUUCCUGCAGCUGUACAAUAUGCGCAAUCACUGCUUGAGCGCCCACAACAAGCACAUCGAGACGAAGACGGGUCGACUGCAGCGCACGGGUCUGCUGGACGAUGGCGGUCAGUCGCAUUUGACCACCGUUGUUAUGCCGCCGGCACGGUAUCCAAAUGAACUGGAUCCCCAGCUGGCGGCGACGGCGGCGGCGACUGCAGCCGGCGGUGCUGAGAGCACAUCGUCGACCACCGUCAUUCACUCGCCGGGUACAUACAAUGCGACAGCUGCAGCUCCAGCUAAUACGUUCGAUGGAGCCAACUUUACACCCACCGCAGUGAAUACGCCUGCUCCGUUUGGCGCCUUCAACUUUCCGCCGGCCGUUAUGGCGCAUCUCAUGUACAACCAAGGAGGAAGCAGCCAGCACAGCCAGAGCGGAAGCGAUGCGGGCAAAUAGCUAUCGAUGGUGAAGUGCGUGAUCCUGCUACUGCUCCGGCUGGGCUUCACACGGCUCCAACUCAUCCCGAACAUCAAACUAUUCCAGUGUAGACUUAAGCUUCCCUCUGUACAUAACCGGUAUCCGAAUUGGGAGGAGCUGUUGCUCCGCACCGGGCUCUGGCCAAUUGAAGGGUUCAUCACUGGCGCAGGCGUGGUGCCUGCUGGCCAUUUUAAUGUGUUAAUAUGUAUUUAAUAGUCAAAUAAGAACUGCUCCACUACUUAGUGUGCAGUGUUAGCGGUUGGAAUCUUUUUAUAAAGCUUGCAUCAGUGCGAUUGUAUAUUGGUAUAUUAAAAUUAAAGUCCGAAUAGUUCCCUCUCCCUAAAACAAUUAAUAAAUUUAAUUGUAUAUUAGUAUAUUAAAAUUAAAGUCCAAAUAGCUCCCCAUCCCUCUAACAAUUAACAAAUUUAGUUGAUGAUCAAAUAAAUGAAAACAUAGUAAAACAUCGAAA